CCAAAGAAGAACACACAAAAAAUGACUGACACGUCUAAAAUGCUUCUGCUGCGGCUGAUAUUUCUAUUCCUUCUGAGUGGUACUAGUGGAAUGAAAGAUACGCAUGUGUUUGGAGUAUGUGGAGAAGAUGUCAUUCUACCAUAUAAUGGAACUCUUUCUGACUGCAACGCAACUGAAUGGUAUUAUAACAGACAUGGAGGUCAAUCGUCAUUUACACAGUUACGUAAAGGAAACAUGGAUAACGGUGUAGGGAGAGGGAGUCUGACAUCUGACUGCUCUUUGAACAUCAAUAAGAUCACAGAAGAAGAUUAUGGAAUUUACACCAGCUUAAUCAGAAACAAAAACAAAGCUUAUGCUUAUGUUUUCCUGCACGUUCUUUGUGUUUCACCAUUAUCCACACAUACUGAGAUCAGACCAUCGAGCUCGCUGACUCUCAUCUGUCAUUUAUAUACAUAUGAUAACUUUUGUUGCGACAAAUUUGUUGAAAUGGAAAAAAUAGAACUGAUUUGGGUAAAUCGAGCUGGUAUUCUUCUUAAAACAGACUCUAGAUAUCAGAUCAAAUCUUUAGGUCAAUUUAGCAGCAUUUUGACUACAACACUUCUGAAUGAAGAUAAUAACACAGAAUGGACAUGUCACGUUAUUAAAGGAAAUGCAGUUAAGGCAUCAGCCAGCUUUACUAUCAAGUACAUAGUGAUUAUAAUUCUGGGUGAGAUUGCAGCAUUCACCGCUCCUACUGUAAUACUUCUACAGAUCUUCUGUGAAAGAAGAGCUGAUAACAGAAGAAAGGCUAAAACACCCAGAAAAUACAAUGAUACCAAUACUUAACACCUAUGGUACUAGUUUGUUUUAACAAAUUGGCUUUAGUUCAACCUUUUUUUUACUAUUUGACAGCUAACCAUAUUUGACAGCUCAACUUAAUUACCGAACUUUUUUAGAUUAGUAUUUAGCAUGCAAGUUGUUACAGUAUUUGCAAAAAAAACUCUAAACGCUGCAUAACUGUAAAUGCCAUGCGUGUUUAGAUUAAAUGGAAAAUUGUGGCACACCAGAGUGAUAUUUUUAACUUUUUAGAGAACUUUGUAAAGAUUCUUAUAGAGGAUGUGAAA